CCUAACUUCUCAACCCACCAAGAGGUAGCAGCUGCAGAAAAAAAAAAAAAAAAAAAAACAUAACAAAACCUGAGAUUUAGAUUGCGAUAUUUAACGUAAGACCCCUUUCGUUCCGAGUAGAGGUCUAGGGACAAACAAGACAUCUUCAUUCAUUCAACCUUCUUCUCUCGAUUUUGUCUUAGAAUGACUGUAUUACUAUCUCUCUGAAACCAUGAGUGUGACAUAGUUGUCUGUGUUAUUCAUUAAGCCUUGGGAGAAAGAAAAAAGCAAGCUUUAUCACACAUCACAACUCAAAAGGUCUUUGAUGUUCAUGGGUAGGAGGGGAAUUCAACAAUACGAUGACAAAACAGAUUUGGGGUACUAUCAUCCCGGUGGUUUGUUUGCCAGCGUUGGCCAAAUGGGAAUGGGGUUUGGUGUGGAACCAAACCCUUCUGAUUCCCGUGACAAUGGUGGCAUGAAACUUCCCUUUAACGAAUUGUACGUUAAGUAUGUUCAGUCACUGGGGAAAGUUGAAAUUGUUGGAGUUCCAGGUGAGGGGGAAGGAACCAAGAUGAAAAAGGGUGGCCUCACACUCAAAAUUAAGAUCAAGAAUCCUUCGCUUAGGAGGUUGUUUAGUGGCGCAAUUGCUGGGGCUGUGUCCCGCACCGCUGUGGCACCAUUGGAGACUAUAAGGACUCAUUUAAUGGUGGGAAGUAGUGGCCAUUCUACCGUUGAGGUUUUCAACAAUAUUAUGAAUACUGAUGGCUGGAAGGGAUUGUUUAGGGGCAAUCUCGUUAAUGUCAUUCGGGUUGCACCUAGCAAGGCCAUUGAGCUAUUUGCUUACGAUACAGUAAACAAGAACCUAUCACCAAAGCCCGGGGAGAAGCCAAAACUCCCUAUUCCUGCAUCAUUGAUUGCAGGUGCCUGUGCUGGAGUGAGUUCAACUAUAUGCACAUAUCCUCUUGAAUUACUCAAGACUCGACUAACUAUACAGAGAGAUGUUUAUGAUGGUCUACUUGAUGCAUUCUUGAAAAUAAUUCGAGAAGAGGGUCCUGCAGAACUUUACAGAGGCCUGGCUCCUAGUCUUAUUGGAGUUAUUCCAUAUGCUGCUACUAAUUACUUUGCCUAUGACACUUUACGAAAAGCAUACCGAAAAUUUUUUAAACAAGAGAAGAUUGGCAACAUUGAGACCCUUUUGAUUGGUUCAGCAGCUGGUGCUAUUUCAAGUAGUGCAACUUUCCCACUUGAGGUGGCUCGCAAGCAUAUGCAAGUGGGAGCUCUCAGUGGAAGACAGGUUUACAAAAAUGUGGUUCAUGCCCUUGCAAGCAUAAUGGAAAAAGAAGGGAUCCAGGGUUUAUAUAGAGGACUGGGACCUAGUUGCAUGAAGUUGGUGCCAGCUGCUGGAAUCUCUUUCAUGUGUUACGAAGCAUGCAAGAGCAUACUGAUUGAUGAUGAUGACGAGGAAUAGUUUGAGUCAAGUGCUGGAUUUCCAUUGAAGCUAAGAGGCGAAACUGCAUAUUCUGUUUAUAAACAUUCAGUUAACUUAUUUUGGAUUUCUCUUAUGUUACUGGAAUUUUUCCCUCCACAAAUCACAUUUAUAUGCAAUUGAGAAUGGAAUAUUGGUUUUGGUUUUU